AUGUCAGCCUCUGUAAUAACCACGGUUUUAGCAUGUCUGUGGCUUUCCUAUAGACUGUAUAAGUUUCUCACUAUUCCAGUGUCCAGCAUUGUCUCCACUUUGAAAAUCAAAACUCCUCCGGCAACAAAGGUCUCCAUUGACAAGAUCGCCACCGAUUCACUGACCAUUCAUUGGGAGAACGAACCUGUAAAAGUAGAGGGAAAUGGAGAUGCGGACAGAAACUUCAUCUCCCACUAUUUAUUGUAUUUGAACAACACACAGUUGGCCAUCUUCCCGAACAACCCGAACUCUCUUUACACGUGCUGCUCCAUCACGGGUCUUGAGGCAGAGACCCAGUACCAGGUGGAUUUCAUAACAAUCAAUAACAAAGGCUUCAUCAACAAGCUUCCCUCCAUUUAUUGCAUGACAAAGGCGAGAGAGGCUAAUGAGGCGCUAAAGACUAGAAAGUGGAGAAGAAACACGAUCACUUCGUCGUCAGCUAUCCAACCCAGCCAUUUAAAGGCUGAUCUUGCCUCGUUGACUUCGCACUACUCGUCUGUUUCCCUCUCUACUUUUGCCUCCAAUAUAACCAGUAGCAACACUAAUAAUAAUGGCUCGAAUAUACCCGCUUAUACAUCUCUAACUACUUUGAAGGAUCUGGAUUCGUUUUCUAUCGAUGACCUAAAAAAAAUUCUGAUUUGUGCCCAGGAAGAUCUACAUGAUGUUUUGUCCCAACAAACCUUACUUUUGCAAGAUUUCCAGGAAUCGAAGCUAGAAUUAGAGCUUGAACUAGAUAACUUGAAAACUCAUUGGUCGCAUGAGAUUGAUUUGCGGAAAUCCUUGAAAUCCAACAUCAAGUCUUUGGAGAAUUCUAAACUGUUGACUGACCUGAAAAUUGAAAAACUGAACAAGAAAAUUGACAAAUCCAAGGAAAAGAUAUCGAAAAUGCGCAAUGAUAUGCAAAAUUGGACUCGAGAGGAUACAGAACUCCUUUCUAAGGAUACAAUGAAGGAGAAGUAUUUCAAACUGUUAAAAGAAUCCAACGCUUCUGUGGCCAAUAUCAACAAGAAAAUUGAAUCUUCACAAAAUGAGAUUUCCAAAAUAGAAGAAAAUAAUAAGAAAUUGAACGCCGCUAGAAAAUCAUUGAUUACUUCCAUAGUAGUGAAUGCUAAUGUUGAUAAUGAGAAACCUGUUGUUAGUGGAGAAUUAUCAGCCGUUUUGAGAAAGCUCAACGAUUUUACCCUUGAGAAGAAUGGGUUCUUGAGUAAUUCCGGUGAAGAGUUCUUAUCCAAGUUGAAUGCGGACUCGUCAUUGAUUAAACUGAUUAAGCAGGAAUUAAACAUCGAUCAAGAUUUAGAGGCUAGCUGGAAAUUGCAGAGAUCAAAAUUGUUGAAAAGGAUCAGCACUUUAGAGAACCAAUUUAAUGAAAUGAGUCUUGAUAAUAGGACGUUGAAAACGAAAUUAAUGGUCCAGCCAUACAAGAACAACGGUGAUUCGCUUGCCGCCACCAAUUCAAAUAACUCUGCAGAAAACAACAGAAGUUCUGGGUCGAUUCAAUUACCACUAUCGAACAAUAUGUCAAGAGCCGGCUCCAUAGAUAUGGUAUCCAACAAUAACAAAAGUGUCAGCAACAGUACCGGAGAGACUGCCUCUUCAUUAAGGCUACACAAUCCGGUAUCCUAUUCACCCUCAAAUAAACCUAUACAACCUUCAGGCAGCCUAUUGAGUCAGUUGACCCAAGACACUGAUAAUAGAUCUAUGCUUUCGAAUCACAUAUCAUCGAACAACGAGAGUAAACAACAGCCUUCUUCAUAUUCGCAUGCUCUACCCACAACGGCUAUUGCUAAUGCAACAGCAACAGCAACGGCUCCGGCAACUAACGGACACUCAAACUCAAACUUCUGGAAUAGUACACAAUACGCUCAACCUUCCCAUCAACAAGAAUCCACAGAACUAGAUCAAGCUUUUGAAUACGAUAAUGCAAAUCAUUUAAUUAGUGGCUUGCAGAAUAUGAUUUACGACGAAACAGACUAUCCUGAUAACAUAAGCAAUUAUUCUAAAGGGUUCACCACCGAUGAACUAGACAAUUACUGGACUAAGCAGCAACCACAAGCUCGGAACACUAAUGAGAAUCGCUUUUCUACAACGGGGACACCCAUGUCGUCGUAUAAGGCUAAUCCUGUAUUAUCACCGUAUUCUAGUUCUCAUCUUAGACAAUCCUCCAAUGCCACCAACACGAACACUAUGCACCCUCAGAGUCUUCUGGCCGCUACGUUAAAUGAUCCUUCGUUACAGGGUUUCGUACGCAGUGGUUCAUUAUACAGUGUUCCUCAACCAGCGAACCCCUUGCAGAACAAUAUUACUGGAAAUGAAACAGAGAAUCCUAGUCCUAGAAUAGCAAGUGACUUCAAUAUGAUGGUGCCAAACUUGAGUCCGCCACUCUCACACGAUGUACCCAUCGUUCCAGGAAAUAACACUGCUUUAACGCCUUCUCAUCCCAAUAUACUUUCAAUGAGUCAUCAACCAACAGCAGAAAACAAUACGAGGACAUCAUUCCAUGCCUCUUCACCACCUUUCAAUUCCAUAUGGAAUUCAACUACGAGUCAAUUGCCACCCCCAUUAGAGGAACCAUACCAUUUGGAUGUGCCUGUAACUCCAAAAGUUUCUGGCAAGGAAUCAAAUUCUAAGCCCUCUCAUAAAAGAAACCAGAGUAAUAGUAGUAUAUCUUCUGCUUGGACUAAGUUCAAGCAUAAGUCUACAUCAUCGUCAGGUAAUGCUGACGUUGAUAAUCAAGAUUCAUCAACCCCAUCAACAAGUCCAAGUAGUAGAAGAAUGUCUAAACUGCUAUCCAAGAGUGGCAUGAACAACCUGUUCAAUCCACACACUCACGACUCAUAA